AUGCUUCGCGCUACAAGUAUCCUACGAGCGGCCAGCGCAUCUGCUUCUUCAGCAGUAGCCCGCGGAUCGGCAGGAGCAGCGGCGCCACUGCGCACCAAGCUGUCAACAGAGAUCACUGGUCUGGAUGUACAUCCCACCCCUCUGUCCGCUCUCAAGGACACCUACACGAGCACUUUGAACCUGCUCUCCACUCUUCCUCCGAAUAGCGUCUACGCUCAAGCAACCAAAGCCUUGACGGAACAUAGGCUCAAAGUGCUGCAGAGCGUCCAGAGCGGCGGCGCGACAGAGGAGGCUAUUGCUGCGUUUGAAGAGCAAGUGGAUGCGGGUCAGGCCGAGGAAGUCCUCGUUCAAGCUCAGGACGAAUUGGCACUGACUACAAAGAUGAUCGAGUGGCAAGCGUGAGUGUUGCAAUGGCAAGGCGAGAAGCUCCGUCGAGGCUGGGAGCUUCUAUUGGCCAGUGUCAAUGAGUGGAUGGACAUGAUGAGUGCUACGCUGCCUCGAUGCAUUCAAAAUUCGUCUUCCGCGGACACCAGGCAGACUUCUCUAGGGGUUGAGAGGCGGCGACGUGGUCACCGGUAACUUCGCGACCGCGGGUCCUCGAGCAUGCCUUUCGUCACAUCCAGCCGCAACUUCACUCGCGACUCCGAGCUGAUGUGGUACAAUACCUUGCCCUACAGACAUGAGCCUCUUAAGAACCCCCCACCUGCCGGGCAAUGGGAGUACACAAGCAUCAGUCAGGAAAUUGGAGAGGGGGGUCAUCACACUUAG